AUGGUUGAAAAAUUUCGCUACGGGAAUUAUCAUAGUUACUAUACAAUUCGUGGUGAUGGAUCCCUCAUGGAUCCGCGAUUACAGCGUCUUCCAAAAAGAAUAUUCGAAGGUGCAACUGUGUUGGAUGUUGGCUGUAACAAUGCGACUGUAACAACACAAGUGGCUGCUUUUUUUGAUGCAAAGAGAGUUGUAGGUGUGGAUAUUGAUCCCGUUCUUAUUCAGAAAGCGCAUAAACAUCUAGAGUUUUAUGCCUCGCGUAUAGGUCCACGAACAGACCAGUGCGAAACAAUGCUUGAACGAGCAAACUUUUAUCCUAUUUCUGCUGUGAAGAAGUUUUCCCGCAGACCACUUGCCUUCAUUGCAGAAAACAAAGACGAGUUUCCCCUGAAUGUAGAGUUCUUCCACGGAAAUAUUCUUCAAUGGACGCCCCCUUCUAGAUGUAGACGAUUUGAUACCAUUCUGGCGUUUUCCGUCGUAAAAUGGAUUCACUUGAAUUUCGGGGACAACGGUCUUCUUGACUUCUUUGAGCAGGUGUCACAACUGUUGCGACCGGAGGGAACAUUUGUAUUAGAGCUUCAGGAAUGGAAAUCUUAUGAAAAAGCUGCCAAAAAGAAUCCGGUAUGA